GUGGAGCUUCCAGGUCCUUGACCUUCCAUUACCAUAACACGGUGCCGGAUUCUCCUCUCCCAACGGCCGUGGACGACGGGACAAACAACAGACGCGCCCGCCAUUAGGUUCCCUUAAUCGGCCCCGGCGCCGCAUCUUCCGGUGAUCCACAAUCUGCGGCCAGGCGACAAUGGUUCGGGAUGCGCCAUGGCAUCCGACCCUCAGAGGAAGCACGGCAGGGCAGCGGCAGCAGCAGGAGUAGCAGCAAUCCCCGGAGCCCGACCCUAUGCAUUGCGCCCGCUGCUUCAUGACGUGCCCCUCUCUGCAGACGGCAACAACGAGGAUGUCAAGAUAAACUGCGUCGAUUACUAUGAUGGGAACCUCUACGUCGGCACCAGCGCAUCUGAGCUCCUCCACUUCUUCCGCAUCCCUCCCGAUCCCAGCGACCCUAGCGCACCGGCUACCUUUAUUCUCGCGUCACGAUUACCUCCAGUGUAUUCCGAGCCCGCCGGCGGCGUCAACGGUUCGCGCCCGGGUGUGCAGCAGAUACUCCUCCUCCCACGAGUCGCUAAGGCCUGCGUUUUGUGCAAUUGGACCGUCACCUUCUACUCUCUGCCCGAGCUGAGCCCCGUAUUUGGUGCCACGCAGGUCAGAAACUGCAACUGGAUAGGCGGAGUGGACUUGAAUGACGGGAGCAAUGGAGGAAACGAGAGGUCAGCUGCCGUGACGAUCCUCCUGUCACUAAACCGCCGGAUACAGGUGGUCAGGAUAGGGGAAGAAGAUGCUCGGGUGCUCAGGAAAAUCGACUUUGCGGGGAGCACUCUCUCAGUGCGCAGGGACUCGAUCGCUUGUGUCGCCGACUCGAGAAAUUACGCCCUGCUAGACGUCGACCGCCAGCUCAAGAUCCCAUUGAUGAGCAUAUCAUCCCUGGACGACUCGCAACCUGAUGGCGCUUUUGGUCAAACCCAGAACCUUGCCACUGCCCCGGACAGCGGGCUGUCUAGGAGUGCUUCGUCUGCGACAGCCCGCACACCAGCUAACUCCCAUGGUCAUUCUAGGAGCACCAGCUUAGGAGACUUCAUUUCGGGUAUGCGGCGGAACGAGCGACGGUCGGGAGAUGCCGAGGAACCCGUCUUCCAAGACUCCGACGCACCGCCACCUUCACGGAGCCCAGCGCCAGCAGACAAGCCGUUGCCGGCCCCUCCACCACCGAACUCUACAGACCUUUUGGCCGCUCAGGCAGCUUUACCUCCGCGGACAGCAACACCGCCAAUACGGACGACGCCGUCCCCAAAGCCUGGCUCCGUCUUUUUGAAACCACAUAUCGUAUCCCCUACUGCAGAAGAGUUCCUCAUUGUCACUGGAACCGGUCCCCUUGACCGGGGCAUCGGCAUGUUUGUGAACCUUGACGGAGACCCCACGCGCCCUACUCUCGAGUUUGCCAGAUACCCCCGUGAAAUUGCGGUUGACGGAGGCUCAGCAGACCUAUCCUCCUCGGUCCCAUCGCUGGGUGCUAGGGAGGAAGGAUAUGUUCUUGCGUCAAUGACCAAGGAGUUUGAAGAUGGUUUGCACCAUGGCCUGGAGAUCCAGCGCUUUGACGUGAAUGUAGGCGAGGACGAGCCGGAAAAGUGGUGGCUCGAGAUCAACGACGACGAGCCAAAGCAGCCGACAGCGAGCACCCCGAUAGGCAUCCGGCCGUUGCUACAGAGUGAAGAGAUGCUUUUUGAGGAUGUUGUCGAGCGACUCUGCCAGAGGCGGUUCUUGCCCUUCAAGGGGCAGCCUGAGACCCCGACUACGUCCCUGAAAAACAGCGAUUCCCGGACUGCGCUGUCGCUACAGCGGCUCUCUCAGGAAAGAGAGUUGUUCGACAGGGAUCCCGAGUCCGAAGACGAGCAACUACCCCCAAGUUGGGAAGCCACGAGAAUCAAAGAGGGCGAAGACUUUGUUCGACGCUUAGCGAAGACGUCUUCGCGCUUGGCUGUCUGGGCUGGAAACAAGAUCUGGUGGGCCGUCCGAAACCCAUUACUGACGCAACUGGAUCAUGCUCUAGAGUUGGCUGCUGCCAACAAUCAGCAUACGAGCUUGAGCAGCGUUGAGACGAGGCAGCAGCUCCUUUCGCUACUAGACGCGAUCAAGGAUCGCGAAGCCACAACAGAACUCGAGUUCAUGACACUGGGUUACAUCAAGCAGAAAGCGAGCGUCAUGCUCCUGGCGACUUUCCUGGGCUCGCCAGAACCACCCUUCACCGACAGGGAAACGAAAGCGAUGGAGGAUAACCUGGUCGGCGGGGACUUGGACGCUAGAGUCGUCCUAUCUCUGAUACCCGCCCUCCGUAACGAAAUCGUCGUGAAUCGAAGAGGCAUAUGGAUCUAUGGGGGUAUCAAGAGCAUCGUUGAGCGCCACAUCGGAGCGGAAACAAAUGGAACCCCGGCACAAGGAAUCGGCUCCUUGGCUUCCAAUGUUCUCCAGUUCCUGAGGCGUUUUCUGUCCGCAUGGAGAAAGAAAAAGGGAUUCGGCAGUAUACCAGACGAGGUGUUUCGGACAGUGGAUGCCUCCUUACUGCUGGUGCUGCUGGAACUGGACCAGAGCACGCCCAUCGCUCAAACCGGCAAACCCGGCUCAGUCCGAAAAGAGCUGUACGACCUCGUUGAUCACGGCGUCGACUGCUUCGACAGAGCAGUCGACCUGCUCGAGUCAUACCGCCGUCUCUUCGUUCUCAGCCGGCUGUACCAACAUCGCAAGAUGGCAGCAGACGUGCUCGCAACGUGGCGACGCAUCAUUGAAGGGGAAGAAGACAGGGGCGGCGAACUCGGCGACGGCGAGCAACGCCUGAGGAGUUACCUCUCCAACAUCAGCAACCAGGCGCUAGUGCAGGAAUAUGGCAUGUGGCUGGCCAGUCGCAACCCCAAGCUAGGUGUCCAGGUUUUCACCGACGAGAAGGGCAAGGCCCCCAAAUUCCAACACACCCAAGUUGUCGCCCUCCUCAGGGAGGAGGCACCUGACGCGGUCAAGUACUACCUCGAGCAUCUCGUUUUCGGUAAAGGCAGCACAGCCUACGUCAAUGAGCUCAUUACGUACUACCUCGACAUUGUCAUCAGCAACCUCCAGACCUCUCCCGCUUCCCGUGACAACAUCGCCGCCUCCUACGACACCUACCGUGCUCUUCGACCACCCAAGCCAACCUAUCUCCACUUCCUCGCCGACAAGGCCCCCCCCAACGACGAAGUAUGGCAAAGCCGCCUCCGGCUCCUCCAACUCCUCGGCGGCGGGCACGACUACGACGCCGCCGCCAUCCGCAAGCGGAUCGACGACUCCCUCGCCGCCCUCACACCAUCACCACCCCAACCCGACGGUACCUCAGUCACCACCAACGGCACCACCACCGCCUCGCCAGAAGCCUCCCUCCUCGUACCCGAAUCUAUCAUCCUCGCUUCCCGCGCCCGGCACCACGCCACGGCCCUGCGCCUGCUCGUCCACCGCCUCGGCGACUACGACACGGCGGUGUCGUAUUGCAUCCGCGGCGCCGCGGCGCUCACGCCCCCGCAAAACACACGCCGCCACCGCCGCGACAGCGACAGCGACCUGCCGCCGACGUGGGAGGAGCAAACGGGCCUCUUCUGCGCGCUGUUGGGCGAGUUCCUCGCGCUGCGGGACGAGGCCGAGAGGGUCGAGCAGACGGGCGCGCUGCUCGAGCGGUUCGGGCCGUGGUUCGACGUUGUCGAGGUGCUCGAGCUGGUGCCGGAGGGGUGGGGCGUCGAGGUGGUGAGCGGGUUCCUUGUGGCGGCGCUGCGGAGGCUGGUCUGUGAGCGGCGUGAGGCCAUGGUGGAGAGGGCGCUGAGCGGGGCGGAGAAUUUAAGGAUUGGGUUUGAGUUUGUUGUCAAGGUUGAGGGGAGGGGCGGGGUUGUUGAGGGGGAGUAG